AUGCGUCUUCUAUCAGCCGUUGCGGCCCUUGUGCUAAUAAGCAAUGCCGGAGCUGUACAGAACCCUCACCGUAAGGCGGAAUCCUUGAGAAAGUCGCUUGUAUCGACGAAUGUGCCUCACAAGCGAGACACAACCCCGGCUUCAACCGAAAUGAAGUAUUUGAAUUCAAAAACCGAGGAAUUCCUCGUCAAUGGAACCCAUUUCCCACAAGUCCCAUUUGAUAUUGGUGAAAGCUAUGCUGGCCUGUUAUCCAACACUCCACAUGGCAACUCGAGCUUGUUCUUUUGGUUUUUCCCAUCUAGCAACCCGGCAGCCGAGCGUGAGAUAACCAUAUGGCUCAAUGGAGGCCCUGGGUGUAGUUCCCUUGACGGAUUACUGCAGGAGAAUGGCCCCUUCCUUUGGCAAUCCGGAACAUAUGCCCCUGUCCAGAAUCCUUACUCCUGGACCAAUUUGACAAACAUGGUCUAUGUUGAUCAACCUGCCGGUACUGGCCUUUCGCCAGGACCAGCCACUGUUCAGGACGAAAUCGAUGUUUCUAAUCAAUUCAAUGAUUUCUGGAGAAGAUUCAUUCAAACAUUCCAAAUGGAAGGCUACAAGGUAUACAUCACGGGAGAAAGCUAUGCUGGCCAGUAUAUUCCUUACCUCGCCGCGGGGAUGUUGGAUCAAAAUGAUACAACUCAUUUCAACCUGAAAGGCAUCCAAAUCAAUGACCCUUCCAUCAAUGAAGACUCUGUUAUGAUCUAUGCUCCAGCGGUCGCCGCAUUGAACUACUUCGAUCGCGUCUUUGGCUUGAAUGAUACUUUCAUGACCGAGAUCAAUGAGAAGUCCGAAAAAUGUGGAUUUAAUAGUUUCUUGGACAAGGCUUUGACCUUUCCACCACCAAAGAAUUUCCCGACUACUCCGGACAUCAACCAGGAUGGCUGCGAUGUGUGGGAACAGAUCGUUAAGGCUGCAACUUACGUCAAUCCAUGCUUUAAUAUGUACCAUCUGACAGACUUCUGUCCUUUCCUGUGGGAUCAAAUGGGCUUCCCCUCGUUGGCGGGUGGUCCGAACGAUUACUUCAACCAGUCGGAUGUUCAGAAGGCACUUCAUGUCCCACUUACGGAUUAUAGUGUCUGUGGAGGCGAUAUUUUCCCUAACGGGGAUGGAUCCGUUCCUAGCGCAUUAGGUCCACUCCCUGGAGUGAUCGAGCGUACCAAUAAUGUUGUGCUGGGUCAUGGCUGGUUUGAUUAUCUGCUCUUCAUGAAUGGGAGCUUGGUCACAAUUCAAAAUAUGACCUGGGGUGGAGCCAAGGGCUUCCAAAAGCCACCAACCGAGCCUCUUUUCGUACCUUACACCGCCGCAUUGGAUGCAAACGCCAAUGGGUAUCCAGAGUCACCCUAUAAUGCUAAUGCGGGCGCUGGAAUCCUGGGAACGGCGCACACGGAGCGGGGCCUUACUUUCUCGACUGUGUAUGGCUCUGGACACGAGAUUCCACAGUAUGUGCCUGGAGCCGCUUACCGCCAGUUGGAGUUCCUCCUUGGGCGUAUUAAGAACCUUCAGCAGAAGGGAUCAUUCACUACCCAGUAA